AACAUUAGUUAUCACUGAGCAAUCAAGUCAAACGCGACAUAUCCAGCAAUCAGAGCAAACCAAAAAACAAAUCCUGCAAAUAUGAAGAACGCCGUUGCCCUUUUAUUGUGCGCCCUUUUGGGUGUGGCCUCCGCUGCCGAGUACAAGCUGCGUACCGCCGAGGAUCUGCAGAAGGUGCGCAAGGAGUGCGCCGAGAGCAACAAGGUGACUGAGGCAUUGAUUGCCAAGUACAAGACUUUCGAGUAUCCCGAUGAUGAGAUCACCCGCAACUACAUCAAGUGCAUCUUCAACAAAUUCGAUCUGUUCGAGGACACCAAGGGCUUCAAGGUUGACAAUCUGGUUGCCCAGCUGGGACAGGGACGCGAGGACAAGGCCACACUGAAGGCCGAUGUGGAGAAGUGCGCCGAUAAGAAUGAUCAGAAGUCAACUCCCAGUGCCUGGGCCUAUCGUGGCUUCAAGUGUUUCCUCAGCAAGAACCUGCCACUGGUCCAGGCUGCCAUCCAGAAGAAGAACUAAGCAGACAGGUUCCUCUAACUCUCCAUAGAGCAAAUCGCAUGCACACUCUAAGGAUCACACAUCAGACAAGGUUGAUCACUUUACUGUGUACACUGCACUUGAUUUCAAUUGAAAUAAAAAUCGUAUAAUAGCAAGAUUUCAAGUCA